CAGGGACCUUUUCCUUGUUCAUUCACAGAAUUGAAUGCAGGAUUUGGGUGUUCAAAUUAGACAACUUACUCUAAAUGCUAUAUACUUUUUUGUAUAUGCCAUUCUGAAGAAUAAAAGAAUUGGUAGAAUAUCAGAUGGAGAGAAAAAUGGAAUGCAGCAUGUGUGGAGAUUUGGGUUUCCAAGUCUAUUUAUUCCAAUGCACUAAAUGCCUGUGGCGUUUUGAGCACCAGUAUUGCAGUAGAGCAUAUUUUGAUAAUGUAUCAGAUUGUAAGGUGUGUGACUGGUGCUACACUAUUCCAGAGGAGGAGGCAGCCUCUAAGAUUAACAUUACGAAAGAUUCUACUGGGCUUGGAGAGUCCAUGGGCAAAGUGAAGAGAAAUCUGAGGAACUGUUAUGAUGACAUUGAUUUCCAGAUACCCAAAGAGCAGAAGAAACAGAAGAAGUCUGAGAUAGUUGAUAGAAGAGUUAGGAAGAGAUAUAAGCUUCUUGAUGAAAUUCUGUGUUGAAUAAACCUGUAAUGGCUUUCAAUAGAGGAAAUCUAUUUUGCACUCCAUACUGUCUGAUCUUCUAUCUGUUCUGUGGGGCUGGCUGUUCUGCAAUAAAUAUAUUAAACCUAGUUUGGACUUGUGUCUAGGG